GUCAUAUACAUAUCCGCUAGACUGACAAGUGAAACGUGGCCACACAAACGCCGCAGGAAUUUUGCAUGCUGAAAGAUAAAUCACAGCGAAAAUACGCAACUCCGUCAUCUUCAGCUGACGAUUCCACGGUAACAAUGGCGGCAGUUAACGGCGGCAUUGUGGAUUCGAUUGUCCAGGUGCCCUACGAGGCCACCGUACGCCUCAUGCUCGGUUCGCUCGAGCGGAAUCUGUUGCCCGACGCCGUCGUGCGCCGCCUCACUCGGCUCCUUCUCGCCAGUCGCCUCCGCUCCGGUUACAGAUCCUCCGCCGACAUCCAGCUGUCCGAUCUCCUCAAUUUUGUGCAUUCUUUGAAAGAAAUGCCGAUAGCAAUCCAGACAGAAACGCCAAAGUCUCAACAUUACGAAGUUCCUACAUCUUUCUUCAAGCUUGCCCUCGGCAAACAUCUCAAAUACAGUUGCUGCUAUUUUUCAGAUAAGUCAAGCACUUUAGACGAUGCCGAGAAGGCAAUGCUUGAGUUGUACUGUGAGAGAUCGCAGAUAAAAGACGGUCAUUCCGUUCUCGAUGUCGGUUGUGGCUGGGGAUCUCUUUCCCUAUACAUUGCUCAGAAAUACCCCAAUUGCCUGAUCAAAGGGAUUUGCAAUUCCAUUACCCAAAAGGAACACAUCGAGGAGCAGUGUCGGGAUCUUCAAGUAAAGAAUGUGGAGAUAGUUGUUGGAGAUAUCAGCACGUUUGAUAUGGAAGCUUCUUAUGACAGAAUAUUUUCCAUUGAAAUGUUUGAGCAUAUGAAAAACUACCGUGAUCUUCUUAAGAAGAUAUCCAAGUGGAUGAAAUCGGACGGUCUUCUGUUCAUCCAUUAUUUCUGCCAUAAAACAUUUGCUUACCACUUUGAGGAUGUCAACGAGGACGAUUGGAUCACUAGGUACUUCUUUACUGGAGGUACAAUGCCCUCAGCAGACCUGCUCCUUUACUUUCAGGAUGACGUUUCUAUAGUCGAUCACUGGCUUGUGAAUGGCAAGCAUUAUGCACAGACAAGUGAAGAAUGGCUUAAGAGAAUGGACCAGAAUUUGAGCUCAAUAAAGCCAUUAAUGGAGUCCACUUAUGGUAAAGAUUCAGCUGUCAAGUGGACCGUCUAUUGGAGAACAUUUUUCAUUGCGGUUGCGGAAUUGUUCGGCUACAACAAUGGAGAAGAAUGGAUGGUUGCUCAUUUCCUUUUCAAGAAGAAAUAAAAAAGCUAACGUAACAGGUCACAAAUGCAAAAAAAAAUGCUACUGAGUGUUUGAAAGUCGAUGAACCGUUUGUUCCAAACAUCGAUAUGUUAUUGUUGAUGAUGACAAUAUUCUCUACUGUGUGAGAUGUGCUCAUAAGUAGACAUUGAUUUUUUUA